AAUGAUUGCACAGUGGACAAAUUCUUAACCACUGCUGGGAAGGAAAACAAGCGUUUUAAUGUCCAUAAUGACGAAGCGUGCUUUGAUUACUCCAAGACUCGAUGUGGCGUUUCUCAAAAAGAUCUGAAAGGAAUAGAUGGUUGAAACUCUUUCGCCGGUAGCGUAGCCGCCAGGUGGACCCCGCGCUAACUCAUCUGACUGAAGCAACGAGAAGACAAGCGUAUGCUAACCCAAACCUCCUAACCCUGGUUAACCUUUCGCCCACCCCAUCCCUAUAAAGAUCGCGCCCGUCUCCCCUUCUUUCCCUCCAAACUGGACCCGAUCUUCUCGAAUCCCCUAGCUCGCUCGCCCCGGAUCCACGUCUCGAAUCUCUGCUUGCCCCGUUCCGUUCUCCGAUGGCAACCUCUCCGAUGAGAUCGCCCCGAUUCCUCGGCGAGCCCGUCGCCAAAACUGAUUUCCUCGGUUUCCCGCCGGAAACCUUACGGCCGACCGUCGGACUCUCUCCAAUCCGGCCGCUCUCCCUCACCAUAUCGGCCUCAUAUGCGUCGUCCGCAUCGGAGCGAUCUCUGCCGUGCGCUUCCCCUCGGGCGGCCUCACCCGCGUCCCACUACGACGUCCUGGGCGUUCCCAUGGGCGCCUCGAGCGACGACAUCAAGGUAGCCUACCGGAGGCUUGCGAAGGCCGUGCACCCGGACGUCGCCAGGGCCGAUCGGAGGGACGCGUCGGAGGACGAGUUCAUCCGGCUCCAGUCCGCUUACUCAACGCUGUCCGACCCGGAGAAGCGUGCCGCCUACGACCGGGAGAUGCUCCGGGUCCGGUUCCAGCGGUCCAUCUCGUUCAACGGGUACUCCCGCCGGAAUUGGGAGACGGACCAGUGCUGGUGACCGCGUAGCGCCGCCGGCGUUAGACGAACUUCUCCUUUGUUCUGGAAUCGGACGACCGAAGAAGUCCUUCGGUAGGGGGGCGACGAAACGAUGGAGGUUUUGGGGGGUAUUUUGGUGAUCUUGUAACAAGCAGAAGCCCCCGGGUCCAUUUCCUGGUUUCGACGUGCUAAAUGGUCGAACCAAUCCGUUAAAUUCUAACUACAAAUGACGUAACAGCCAAGAUGGGAUCACGAUUAAUUAUAAUGGCGCCUUUUGGAUACCUUGUGUCUCGGAUGUCCUUAAUUGCUCAUGAUAAUAAUCCAAAAGGUAGUAAAGCUAGAUUUGGGUCUAUGUAUAUAGUUGUUUAGGGGAGCACAUUUCAUAUUUCUCAUGCAAUUAAGUUUCACUCUUUAUUAGCAUAA